AUGCCACUGUUCGCCGAAGGCACAGGCGUGCCUCUUGAGGACAUGCAGCAUAACUUGAAUGGUACUCUCAAUGGUCGAAGUAAUAACUCGACAGGACAAGAUCCUACUUCUACAAAUACUGAGAGCACCAUGACUCCGAGUGAAGGCCAAGUCCCCGAUCGCAUCCGAAUCAAGAACCGGAGGAAGCGCUAUCUCGACCUUCAUCCAGAAUACUUUGGCCCCCAACUCGAGCUGGCAGAUCCAUUACUCUACGACCGUCUAAUCCGACGCUUCCAAAGCUCCGCGGAACGCGAAGCCGAAGGACGCCAAAAGGGAUUCUCCGGCGUCCUGGAAGCAGACUUGCUCCGAAGCGAGGCCAAACUCGAUGCCCUUGCGCAUCCGGACCCCAAUAGUAUGUUCACGUACAAGCGCGGGCCGGACGGCGAGAUCCUGGCGGAAGAUAGUGACGACGUGCCUGCGAACAAGGAAGAAGGGUUUGCUCGGUGGAAGUGGGAGAUGGAAGCCCGGUUUGUGCGGGGCGACGACGACGAUUUUGAUUAUAGCGCCGUGGAUGAGAAUCCGGAAUAUGAUGAUGUAAAGACUGAAGAACGGGAGGCGGAGGAGAGGUAUUUUGAUCAGCAGGAGCCGGAGUUUGUGGUUGAGACAGAAGAAGAAGAAGCAGAGGAGAAGGAGAGCGGACUCGGGGAUGGAGACGAUAGGCAAAAGAGGAGGAAGAGUCAUGAGUUACGGGGUGAAACGGGAAUACAGGACUUUUGA